AUAUGUGUGAAAGUGAAUACAUAAUAAUGGAGUAGUGGUGGUGUGUGGGUUUUAGGGUUUUUGGAGUUGUGAAAGAAUGGCGUCCAGACCAGAGGUGAUUGCGCCGCCGGAGUUAUUCUACGACGAUUCCGAAGCUCGAAAGUAUACCUCUUCUUCCCGAAUUGUUCAAAUUCAGGCAACGUUGUCAGAGAGAGCCCUUGAAUUACUUGCUUUACCUGAUGAUGGCAUUCCAAAAUUACUCCUUGAUAUAGGUUGCGGUUCGGGACUUAGCGGCGAGACACUCACGGAGAAUGGACACCAUUGGAUAGGGCUUGACAUUUCAGCAUCGAUGCUUAAUGUUGCGGUGGAGCGGGAGGUUGAGGGUGACCUUUUACUUGGUGACAUGGGUCAGGGUUUAGGGGUUCGUCCUGGAGUCGUUGACGGGGCCAUCAGUAUAUCUGCUGUUCAGUGGUUAUGCAAUGCUGAUAAGUCCUCUCACAACCCUCGAUUAAGAUUGAAGGCAUUUUUUACAUCUUUAUAUAAAUGCUUAUCCAAUGGAGCCAGAGCAGUGUUUCAAGUAUAUCCUGAAAAUAUAGACCAGCGUGAAUUGAUUUUAAAUGCUGCAAUGCAUGCUGGAUUUGCUGGUGGCAUAGUGGUGGAUUUUCCACACAGUUCUAAGAGGAGAAAAGAGUUCCUUGUUCUCACGUGUGGUCAACGUUCAGUAAAUUCAUCCGUGGCCAAAGGUAAAAAUGAAGAUGGGGAGAGUUGCUCUGACGAGGACAGUGAGGAUGAAGAAAAUCAGACAGUAUGCAUCUCAGAUAGGCAUAGACCGCGGAAGAAACAGAAAAAGAACAAUAAGAGUGGGAAGGGAAAGGAAUGGAUACUAAGGAAGAAGGAGCAGAUGAGAAGAAGAGGAAAUGCCGUCCCUCAGGAUAGCAAGUACACAGGUCGGAAAAGGAAGGACAGAUUUUGAUCUUGUCUGGCAUUUGCCUCUGUACCAAGUCUUUUUUCGAUGGAGAGCCUUAAAGGAUAUUUAUGAAGAAUGUCCGAAUAUCAAUUUUGUUUUUUUUUUUUGUGGUUCUUGUGCAAUUUAGGAUUAUGAUUUUGUAUUUGUUUUUAAUUAUAAAAACAGGUAAAUAUCAUUGUCUCA